CUUGUCUGGGUCAUACACUAUUGUUUCAACCCAUCGCCCAGAACUGGGUUGAAGGCGGCGCCUGGUCUUUGUCGCCACCAUGAACUUCGUCCAGCCUGCUCCGGUGGACCAGGUGCCUGACGGGCUCGCUGCGGAACCUGACCAAGUAGACCAAGUCCUGAAGCAGUUGGUUGAUCGAUGCGUGGUGGACGUGGCUGCACGCGCAGGUGGCGGGGCGGGCCUCCCAAGUGGUCAGCUGUUUAUGGACUUCGUCAAUACGGCUGGGUGGGCCAUAGGCGAACCUGAAGUGGCUGGUCGGCUGACGCAGGGCAUCCUUCAGGUUGUGCAGCCUGCCGUGGGUCCCGCUGUGCAGCAGGCGAUGCAGCAGCAGGGCAUCCAGGAGACGGUGCAGCAGGCAGCGGGGCCCGCUGUGCAGCAGGCGGUACAGCAGGAGCUGCAGCAGGUGAUGCAGGGGAUCCAGCAGGGGCUGCUGGCGCUGCAGCAGGGGCAGCACGCGCUGCAGCAGGGGCAGCAGGGGCUGCAGCAGGGGCAGCAGUUCCUUCUGCAAGCUGUGCAGGGGCUGCAGCAGGGGCAGCAGGAGCUGCAGCAGGGGCAGCAGGAGCUGCAGCAGGGGCAGCAGGAGCUGCAGCAGGGGCAGCAGGAGCUGCGGCAGAUGCUAGUCGGCGCCCACAACCUUGCUGCUCGGGUGCACAACCGCGAUGCGCGCGAGGACGGCCCGCUGCAGCCGCUGCGCAAUGAC